AUGGAAACCAUCAAAAUCCCGUCGCCGUCCGCCAUUCUAGAUCCCCCAGACCCUCCUGCUUCUCGUCUUCUUCCCCCAUCAAGCCCUAACAAGAAGGCUGCCAGCACGAACUCGAACAGGCUAAAACAGUCCAAGAGCCGUAAUGGUAUGAUGCCCCCCCCCAAAAAUGAAGGAAGAGGAGAGAGGAAUGGGGGGAGCUGCAUCACCUGUAAGGCAAAGCGGCUCAAGUGCGAUGAAACCAAGCCGACGUGCCUCCAUUGUAAAAAGCGAAAUGUACCAUGCGGAGGAUACAAGAAGGACUUCAAAUGGCGUCCCUUCGAGGAGGGUAAUAUGGCGGCCAAGGCGACUGCGCCGACCAAGAUAAAGAAAGUGCCCAGUCCGCUUUCACCAGUAUCUGUCAAGGCAAAGGCGGCAGUUCCGCCUCGACUGGUGAAACGCUCGACUACACAGAAGGCGGAUGGAGAUGCAAUCACCGCACAGCCAUCUCACUCUUUGAUGACUAGCCCUCUUGGAAUCCUAGGUUUGAACGACGAAAUGGGAACUGGUUCUUCAUUGAUAGAGUCUGCAACAGUAUGCCUCGGUGAUAGAAUGGCUCUCAACAUCAACGAGCCCCAGGCAUUCUAUUCACCACCGGAGGAUACACCGCUGACAGAUCAAUCGUCCUGGCUUUCUGAUUUCACGCCUCCUCCACCUGCAGCAGCAGCAGCAGCAGCAGCAGACAUUCUUAUCCCAGUUGAUGUCAGUCAAGGCGUUUUUGGAUUCUCUCCCAAGUCGGACACGUUCAGUUUCUCUGACCUCCUGGAAGGAGAUGGCGAUGAAGUUGAGGAUAUCAUCCGACAGGCGGAUUCAAGCUAUGACCCGUGGUUUCCUCAUAUCUUCGAGAAGAAGCAGCCCAAACCUCCCUCCAAUUACUUCUCGGAUCUUUUACGGGAACCGGAGCUGGAGCCUUCGAGCCCUGAAAUGCUCAUCAUGCGCUUUGACCGGUUAACGUGCGGCAUUCUUUCCGUCAAGGACGGGGAGACCGAGAAUCCCUGGCGAACGUUGAUCUGGCCGUUGGCCAAAGACACACCCGCCCUAUGCCACGCGAUCUACGCCCUGGCCGCGUUCCACUCCAGCAAGGAAGAACCCGCGCUUCGGGUCCACGGCGUGGACCACAUGCGGCAGAGCAUCGCCUGCAUGGUCCAGGGGAUCCAGAACAUGCGGACUGACGCCGCGCUGGCGACCAGCCUGGCGCUCGCGUUUGCAGAUACCUGGGACACGCACACGCGAACAUGUAUUCAACACCUGCGCGGCGCCAAAGCUCUAGUCUCGCAGGCUCUUCAGUGCGGGAUCCGCACGGGCUUGCGCGGCGACGACCUUGAGCGGGUGCAAUUCCUCUACAACACCUGGCUGUACAUGGAUGUAAUUGCACGGCUGACCGCGCUCGAUGGCGGCGGCGGCGGAGAUCAAUCGGAGAUGGACUUGUCGGUGGCCUUGCAGCAGGCUACUCCCGGCGACGACAACAGGGUGCAUGAGAUCGACCCGCUGAUGGGCAGCGCCUCGACGCUCUUCCCGCUCAUCUACCGGGUGACGAAGCUGAUCCAGCGCGUGCGGCAGAGCGAGUCCAACUCGCUGGCGCUGGUGUCGCAGGCGAUCGAGCUCAAGGCCCAGCUGGAGCGAUGGGACCCCCCCGCCCGUUUUGAGCCGCCCGAGGAUCCUACAUCGGAAGUCCAGCACAGCCUACAAACCGCGCAUGCGUACCGGUGGGCGACACUGCUGUACCUGCAUCAGGCGGUGCCGGAGAUCCCCUCGGAGCCGGCCGCCGACCUGGCGAAACGCGUGCUCCUCCUGCUGGCGACGGUGCCGGCCAGCUCACGCACGACAAUCAUCCAUAUGUUUCCCCUCCUGGCGGCAGGGUGUGAGGCAGAGCAGGCCGAGGACCGCCGGUGGGUGAUCGACCGGUGGACGACCAUCCAGUCGCGGCUGAUGCUCGGAGGCGUGGAUCGUUGUCUUGAUGUUACGAUGGAGGUUUGGGCACGGCGCGAUGCGUGCCGGGAAGAAGAAGAAGAAGAAGAAGAAGAAAAGGAAGCAGAGGAAGCAAUGUCGCGUACAUCUUCGGUCUACCCGCGGGCUACUGGGUCGAGGCGAAGACGACGGGCAUCCGCCGACAACCGAGAGAAACGGUCUACGGCUCUUUCGCCUUUGGAGAAUAUAGAAUUUACCAGGACUGUCCGCGGACACCUUCAUUGGGUCAAGGUGAUGGAAGAAUGGGGAUGGGAGGGUAUAUCCCCCCCUUUUUUUUUUUCUUCUUUUCUUUCUCUCUCUCUCUCUCUAACAUCCAACAGUGUUUUUAGGAUGAAAGUAAAAAGCGUAACCCCCGUUCAGAUUCGAUUUGCCUCAUCUCAACCCUCUGCGUGGUUGGACAUGGUCCCGCCCGCUCCGACUCGCAUCCAACGGCCUCCAGAUCUCCGGACCCGGACCAGGUCCAGGGUCUUCCCCCCUCGUCUCUUGCGCAGACGGUGGAUUGGCACUUUCUCCUCUGGCGAGAUAGGACCGCAGCGAGGCGAGGUAUGGUUUCAAGUCGUGGGUGAUGGCUACAGUGGCCAUUGUUGCGUCGGGCAUUGCGUCGUCGUUGUUUCUUUCUUUACAGCUUUAAAUAGGGUCCUUUUCUUUUGA